UAUGGGGUUCAGUGGUUCAAAAUGAAGUCAGAAAACAGCUCAUCCCAAAGUCAUCCAGGCAGUUUGUUGUGGAGAAGAAUCAGACUUCUUCCCUGGUGAUCACUGAGGUAGCACUGGAGGAUUCUGGGUGGUAUUACUGUGAGGUCAACGUCCUGCAGAAAGACCCAGAGUGGGGCAACGGGACCGAGCUGCUCAUCUUGGCACCACCUUCUGCUCCUAAGAUUUACCUCCAGAUUCCCCCGGACCCACAGACUGGUCAGUGGGCUCUCUUCUGUCUCACUGGGGAUACCACCCCAGCAAGCUCACCCUCACCUGGACCUACCAGAGCGCAGCAGCCAAUAUUGAUCACCUGUCAGUCACCAAUUGCACCCUUCCUGCGAUCAACCCUCAUGGUGAUGGACAGCAACAGCCAGGAAGUGUUUCUCUUCAGUGUGUUUUUCCUCCCACAUAGGGAGUCCUUGGAAACAGGGAUCACCUUCACUUGUGGGGUGCAGGACCACCCUGCCAUGACCACUGCUCUGACUGCGUCCUUCACUUGGGAUGCCUACCCUAACGAGCUGAUCGCACACUUGAACAUUGUCAAGCUGUGUUUCCUCUCUGCAAUGACCGUGGUCUUUUUAUUGGAAGCAAUCAAACAUUUCUGCGUGCAGGGAGAAUGAUGUCUGCCAUG